AUGGCUAACUUUAUCACUGGUAAACACUCUCAGCCAUUAAAAGCUGCUUCCACAGUGGAAAUGACCAAACUGCUGUUGAUGGAGAACAUAACCGUGGUAGCUCCUCUCAAACAGCCCAUCACGUUCGUGCUGGAGGGCUUCUAUGUACCACCGGGAUACGGUUCACUCCUCUUUUUCUUGGCUUUGCUGGACUUUGUGGUUGCCCUGCUGGGGAACGGAACAGUGAUCCUCAUCAUUAUCAUCGACAGGAGCCUGCACAGACCCAUGUUUGUGAUGAUUUGUAACCUGGCGGUGUGUGACCUGCUGGGGGUCAUAGCAGUUACACCUCGAUUUAUGAUUCACUUCUUGACAGGACAGAGGAGGAUCGCCUACAGCCACGCCAUCGCCCAGGCCUUCUGUGUGCACACAUAUGGAGUGGCAGUACAGACUAUUCUGUGUGCGAUGGCCUAUGACAGGUACAUUGCUGUGUGUGAACCGCUCAGGUAUCACUCCAUUAUGACGUCCACUCGACUGAUCUUCAGCUGCGCUUUGGCCUGGUUUAUUGCUCUGCUCUGCAUUGGUGUACUCUUUUAUUUUCAUAUAGACGUACCGUUAUGUGGAAACAUUAUCCAACAUGUUUACUGCAGUAACCGGGUCAUCUUGAAUCUGGCCUGUGGACCCACCACUGUGAACAACAUCUAUGGUCUGUCCAUGACCUGGACACUGAGCACAAGUGUCUUCAUCGUCAUUGCUUUUUCUUACAUUAAAAUCCUGCAAGCAACAGUAACAAAAGGCAAAGCUGACAGCAGCAUCCGCAGCAAGGCCUUCCAGACAUGUGCAUCACACCUUGUUGUGUAUGUUCUGUUUGAAAUUGCUAUAACAAUUAUAGUGGUGAGUCAUCGUUUUCCCUCCAUGUCCCAAAACAUCAAGCAGUUCUGCAGUAUCCUUUUUGCCAUCAUUCCACCAGCGGUCAACCCCAUUAUCUAUGGACUGGUCAGUACAGAGCUACGCAAAAGCGUCAUCAAGUUAUUCAGACUAACAGUAACUGAGCUGAGGGAGAGCUCAGAGACAGCAGCAAAGCAAACUGUGACAGGAGAUCAGCCAUGCCUCCUCACACACCUGCAGGAGAAAGAGCAGAAGGAAGAGAAGGAAGGGGAGAAACGCCAACAGAAAUACACAACACUGUAG